AUGAGGAGUUGCAAUAGUGUGGUUUUGGUGCUUGCGUCAUGGCUCCUGUUUUUUGCUUGGACAACCCAUGAGUUGAAAAGCUACGAGAUGCAGCUCCUUCUUCAGCUGAGGAAGCAUUUAGAGUACCCAUUAGCCCUCGACCUCUGGGAAAACAGCACGGCCGCCGAUUUGUGCUCUGUGCACGAUUUUUUCACCAUCACUUGCCAACAAGACUCUGUUACUGAGCUCAGGAUUAUGGGAGGCAAGCCUGCAGCAACACGGGCCACUGCCGAUUUCACAGGUUUUCCCAUUCCGAAUCACACGCUAUCUUCCAGUUUCUCUAUUGACUCUUUUGUCACCACACUCACCAGGCUGUCUAGCUUAAGGGUCCUUAGCCUGGUGUCUCUAGGCAUCUGGGGCCCACUGCCCGAUAAGAUUCAUCGCCUUUUCGCGCUAGAAUCUCUUGACCUGAGUUCGAAUUUCCUAUUCGGUUCGAUCCCACCCGGGCUGUCAAGAUUGGUGAGGCUUCAAAGUCUGACCUUUGAUGACAACUUUUUCAAUGGCACAGUCCCUGAUUGGUUGGGCUCAUUCACAAAUCUCACCAGUUUGAGCUUAAAGGACAACAGGUUGAAGGGCCAGCUUCCUUCGAUAUCAAGAAUUACGACCUUGACUGAGCUAGUUCUGUCAUACAAUUUGAUUUCAGGUGAAUUGCCUGAUCUGAGCAGCCUCUUUAAUCUGCAGCUGCUCGAUCUGAGAGAAAACAAUCUGGAUUCCAAACUGCCUCCUUUGCCGAAAGGGCUGUCCAAUGUUUUUCUCAGCAACAAUUCGUUUUCGGGUAUUAUACCGAAACAAUUCGGGAAACUGAGCCAACUUCAGCAUCUUGACCUGUCGGACAAUCAUCUUACUGGAGCCCCUCCUGCUUCGCUCUUCUCUUUGCCCAAUAUUAGUUACCUUAAUUUAUCCUCCAACUCUCUUAGUGGAUCACUUCCCGAGCAUCUUAGCUGCGGCAAAGCACUUAGUUUGGUUGAUCUUUCUGAGAAUAGAUUGAUUGGUGAGCUUCCGGAUUGCUUCGAUACUCUUGAUGAUGGUAGAAUUGUUAAAUUGUGGGGAAAUUGCUUCUCCAUUGGUGCCAAGAAUCAGCACCCUGCAGCUUACUGCAAAGAUAAAGUCAAUGGUGAAAGACGAAUAUCAUCUGUGAUGGUAAUAGCAAUUUUGGCUGGUGUGAUUGGUGGGGUUCUCAUUGUUGUGGUAAUCCUCUUGGUCAUUUGUCUUUUCUUGUGUAAACGAAAUCGUACUCAGCAGACCUUUAUCCAGCACACUGCGCCUAAGGUUAAGCAAGAUAGUGCACCGUCAGGGUUUUCCUCAGAACUUCUUGCAAAUGCCAGAAUCAUUACUGAGGCAGCAAAAAUGGGGAAUCAAGUUGCUCCACCCUAUAGAGUGUUUCAUGUACAAGAACUGGAAGAAGCCACCAAAAACUUCGAUUUAUCCACAUUCUUGGGCGAGAGUUCUAUUGGAAAGGUUUACAAGGGAAGAUUAGAGAAUGGCACAACUGUUGCCAUACGAUCUGUGGCUUUAAUUAGGAAAUACUCAAUUCGGUAUCUUAGGCUGCGGCUUGAUUUGCUUUCAAAGCUUCAUCACCCUCACUUAGUUGGCAUUCUUGGUCAUUGCAUUGAUGGAGAUGACUCAACUAUACAUAGAUUGUUUCUUGUGCAAGAAUUUGUUCCUAAUGGGAACUUCCGCUCUCAUCUUUCAGAGAGCACCACGGAUAAGGCCUUGAAGUGGUCAGAGAGAUUGAGUGUUGUAAUCGGUGUGGCAAAAGCUGUCCAUUUUCUGCAUUCUGGGGUGAUUCCACCCUGUUUUAACAAUCAUCUGAAGACAAAUAAUAUACUUCUCGAUGAGCAUGGUAUUGCAAAACUUAGCGACUAUGGAAUGUCCAUCAUUGCUGCUGAAACUGAGAAACACCAAACUAGAAAUCUCUUUGGCAGGCUACAUGCGGAGAGAGUGCAGGAUGAUGUUUACAAUUUCGGGUUCAUAUUACUCGAAGCCCUUGUAGGGCCUAUUGUCAGUGCAAGAGGAGAAUCAUUUCUACUAAAUGAAAUGACAUCAUUUAGCAGCCAGGAUGGCCGACGAAAAAUAGUGGAUCCAAUAGUGCUGACCACAAGCUCACAGGAAUCACUGUCGAUCGUGAUAUCCAUCACAAACAAAUGCAUAUCAGCGGAGCCUGCUAGCCGGCCGCCAUUUGAGGAUGUCCUCUGGAAUUUGCACUAUGCAGCUCAAGUUCAGGCAGCAUUUGACGAUGCUGAUCAGAAAUCAGCCGCGGCUUCUCGUCAGAGCUUCAGUUGA